CUUAGUUAUAAUUAUCAGUAGGUCCUACUUGGAUAAUAAUCUUUGCUCAAAAGCAUAAUACAUGGCUUAGAAACAAAUAUUACUUAACCUUGUAAUGUAAUCAUAAAAGGAUAGUAUUUGUAUUUCACAAAGAAAAAAAUAUGUGUAUAUUUAACCAUGUUAUUGUUCUAUAAAACCUCUCAUAAACCCCAUUUCUCUAUGACCCAAAUCAAAAGCAGUAGUAGUAGUAGUACUAAAGCCAUGUAUCAAAAUCUUAUCACCAUUUGGUUCCUUGUGAUUAUUUUCUCAUUCCAAUGUACAAUUACAUUGGCCUCUGACCCUGACCCUGUUCAAGAUUACUGCAUACCAAACCCGAAAUUUGGUGCCAUAAAAACCAUAUCUCACCUUAUGAUACUACCCUGCAAAAACUCAACUGAGGCCACCACUGAUGACUUUGUAUUCUCUGGCAUGAAGUUGUCUGGAAACUUCACCGAUACAGGUCUUGCAACGAUCUCCGUCAACCCCACCAUCUUUCCGGGGCUUAACACACUAGGCAUGUCAUUUGCAAGAGCUGACCUCAAAGUUGGUGGGAUAAAUCCACCACAUUUUCACCCUAGAGCUACAGAGAUUGUCUACAUAGUUCAAGGGAGUGUUUAUUCAGGCUUUGUGGAUUCAACUAAUCGAGUUUUCGCAAGAAUUUUAGAGCAAGGAGAGGUUAUGGUGUAUCCUAGAGGCCUUGUACACUUCCAAAUGAAUGUUGGUAAAAAACCUGCCACCAUUUUUGGAAGUUUCAAUAGCCAAAGUCCAGGUUUGCAGAAAAUCCCAGCUGCAGUUUUCGGGUCUGGGAUCAAUGAAGAACUCUUGGAAAAGGCUUUUGGAUUGAGUCCUAAACAGAUUGGAAAGAUGAGAAGAAAGUUUAAUCCCGAAAUAUCAAAUUAAAAUCUAGACCAGCUUAAGGUUUGAUCCCUCAUAUGUCCCAUUUUGUUGGGCUUUUUUUUCUAUUAAAUCUUGAAGAAAUAUAGUUACUGUAAUUCUCUCUUCUUUUCAAUUCCAUUGUUUGAUGUAGCAUCUUCAUAGAAAUAGCAGUUAAAUCAUCAAGCCUUUGCUUUACUUAUC